ACUGUGAAUAUUCAUAAGCAGAUUCUUUUAAUAUUCAGUUGCAGUGUUCAUUGUCACAUUGUAAUACUGUUUGAGUCACGUGUAUGUCUUUUUGAGCAGUGUUCUCAUUAAUAAUGGAAGUGGGGUCAGCUGAAUAGCUCCUAAUGGUCCGGCAAUUCACACCUGUGGUGGUAGGAAUGCAGUGAAGUCGCAACACUACAAAAAGGAAAUGGGUUGAAUUCACAGUGGCACAGAAGGAUCCAGAAUUUAUAAUUCAACCUAUUGUUAAAAUUCAAGAGGACAGUCAACCUAACAGUUUGGUGCUGGAGUUCCAGGUGAAGACUGUUGACCCUGAUCCUCAGAUUGAGAUAUUUAACAUAAACCCACCUACCACUGUCUUUGCAUUGCACACCAUUCAUCAAGGAACAGGGAAUAUUCACAAUGUGAUGCUAAGACUCAGCAGUAAUGCCUCCCUGGAUUUUGAGACUCUGAGAUUAUACAGGUUAGAGCUCAGGGUGAGCGCUAACAACAGCACCGCCACACAAACCCUGGAAGUGGAAGUGUUGGAUGUCAACGAGCCACCGCAGUGUGAUGCUGUUUUCCAGUUUCCAGGUGCAGUGGUGAAGAUUCCAAACGAUCUGACAGUUCCUAUAGAGCUUUACCAUGUUGUGGCCUCUGACCCUGAUAUUAACAAUACCUUAAAUUACAGGAUUCACCAAGUCUGGCCCGCCUCUGCGAGACCACAGUUUAUGAUUGAUGGCAUAGGCACUAUUUAUUCCAACCAAGGGUUUGGUUAUCAAAGCAGUAACAAGGAUUUCAUUGUCAAUGUGACUGUAAGUGAUGAACAAGGUGCCAGCUGUAGAGGCAAAGUCAGGAUUGAGAUCCUGCCAGUCCUCGACCACACGCUCAAUUUCACGGUUCCAUCUCAGUCUGUCACUAUCUCUGAGGACAUUCAAGUUGGUUCAGUGGUGGCGAUAGUGAAAGCUCUGGGCUCUGAUCUGCGCUAUGAGUUUGUGGGGAAUUAUCCUGCAUACAGGAUAUCCCAGGAUGGGAUCAUCCGAACCACAUGUGAACUUGAUCUUGAAACGAAUGGAGAUCAGCAAUGGAGCAUCCUGAUGAUUCGAGCCUUUAGCACCACACACCGCAGCGGCACUGGGACAGUUAAUGUUACUGUGCUGGACAUCAAUGACAACCCACCUACCUGCACACCUUCUGUCAUUGUGCUUUGUAUCCCAGAGACCACCACUAUGUACACAGAGCUGGCCACUCUCAGCUGCAGCGAUGCAGACAUCACCAAUAACAGUGUUUCAUACCAGCUGGAGCCCAACGCAGUGUCCCAGUUCAAGUUCCGUCUGCAGGGGAGCCAGCUCCAGGUGAACAACACUCUGGAUUAUGACAAUGCUGAAAUUGCACACAGUAACUUCCAGUACAAAGCCACUAUUUUCGUCAUUGAUGGUGGCCUGCCACCUCUCACAACCGUAGUGCAGGUGUUGGUGACGGUGACCCCGGUCAACGAGUUCAUACCCGGGUUUCAGCAGCCAGUUCAGUUCCUGGUUAAUGAGGAUGCUGGCUGAGGCACUGUGAUUGGAAUGGUGAGGGCUACCGACGGCGACUGGGAACAUGACUCUAUCCGCUACUCCAUUACAGGCGCAGACCAAGGCUUCUCCAUCAAUCCCAAGACAGGAGAGCUCUAUCUCAGAAGAGAGUUGGACUUUGAAACACAGCCGACACACCGGUUUGUCGUCCAGGCUGAGGAUCUGAACCAGGACAUAAACCCGAGCGUCCGGAAACAAACCACUCAGGAGGUCACGAUUAAUGUCCAGAACGUUAAUGAUAACCCACCAGAAUGCAAUCCAUUUAAUGAAACAGAAAUAUACUCCACUCUCAGUCUAACCGAGGAAAUCCUCUCAUUGACUUGCUGGGAUGUUGAUGGAGAUAGACUGACGGCAACACUGACAAACGGAAGCCACGGGUGCAGACUGUGAUCAGUUCUUACUGGGAGCCGGAGCCCUGGUUUGUUGCUGUGAUGACCGUCACAAUCGCCCUUGCCUUGAUCGCACUGGGACUGCUUAUCUGGAAGAUCCUGCAGUGUACUUCAGCUUGUGGAAAACCUACCCAAGAGAUGUCCCAGCCGCUACUUCAAAACACGUACAUGAAAUUUGCUGAAGAGGCCAAACCACAAAACCCACGUGACACACCCCAGACAUUUGAUGGAAAAGCUCAAGAUCCAGUUAUAGGAAGAAACUACCUAUUUAACUCGAUCACAGGGGAGAGACGUUGGACUUAAGAUUUGAAUCCCAUCAAUCAGCAGGUGGAAGUCAAGGGGAUAUCGAUAGGAUGUUGCCAAUUCCUGAGUUCUGCAGAUUUACCCUGCAAUGUAGCCAUAUGCAGCAAGAGUUAGGUAACAUUGCUUGUGUAUUGUGUUUUUGGAGUGAAAUUAAUUUGUUUUAUAACAUACUUGUCCUGGAAUCAUUUAAAAGUGUUGUUAUGUAGAGGUAACUAUAGAAACACAGUGUACUAGUAAUCAAUUCAGUUAUGUGAUGAAUAUAUAUCAAGGAAACUGGACCAAUAGAUGUGUAAUGUACAUGUAAACAUACUUAAUUACAUGUCAUAUUUAAUGUUACAAGAGUAAAUAUUUUGAUACCUGAAUAGAUUAAUGUGUUACAUUUCAACAUUUGGUUAAUUAUUGUUGAUAAAUUAGUUUUUUAUGGUCACAUACAGCGUCAUCGUAACUGCUUGCUCGCUUUCUUCAAAAAUACAAUAAAUACAUCUCCCAAGAGCCAUGCAAAUGAGCUGUACACUUCUCUACACCAGGGCUGGUCAAACAAACAUUUCAGGUACUUUUAAAGUGUCAUUUAUUCAUGAAUUGAGGUGCAUUGUAACUAAAAUCUUGUGUUAAGUGAGUUUUCAGAUAAAGAUAAUCCCAAUCUUAAAAACAGCCUCAAUCAUCAUCAUCAUCAUCAUCAUCAUUAUUAUUAUUAUUAUUAUUAAGUUUUUACCAUAAAACAUGGCUGUACUGUUCAAAUGGAUAUUUCAGUUUCACAUAGUAUAGCACAGCUGCUGUUAAAGUUUAGUAAUCUAUUCUAGGGAUAUUUAAAUGAUAAAUUACAGUACCUUGCUGGGGGAGUCCUUGCAUGGCUUCCUGGUACGCCUUGGCAUGGAGACUAAGUGUUCAGUUAACCAGCAAACAUGCACCGUUUAUGGCCUCUGGCUUUUUGGUCUUUACCCAGUAUCAGUGUAAUGCAAGUC